UCCUUGCUCAGCGCUCAGCUCCUUCCUACCGGUCGGGCGUCCUGUGCUCGGGCGUCUCCGCUGACUCUGCGCAGCCUGUGCGCCCCGCGAGCCCCGGAGGUCCCUCGGGAGGACGGCGGGUCACCCCGGAGGAAGCAAGCUCAGAAUCCAUCUCCAGGACUGUGUCCUCUGCUGUGUGAGGCCCCCGGGGCUCUGGCUGAGACUGUCCCUGUGAGCUGCAGGUGCUGUGAGAUCCCCAGGAAGGAUGUCUGGACUCCCCAGAAAGCAGGAAAUGAACUCAGUGGCCUUUGAGGAUGUGGCUGUGAACUUCACUAAGGAAGAGUGGACUUUGCUGGAUCCUUCCCAGAAGAAUCUCUACAGAGAUGUGAUGCAGGAAGUCCUUAGAAAUCUGGCUUCUCUAGGAGCCAGAUGGGAGGUCCAUAACGUUGAAGAUCAGAACACAAAUCCCAGGAGAGAUGUAAGGCACAUUAUAUCUCACUCUGCAAACAAAGCAUAUGAGAAGCAGGAGAGUGGAGGGAAGCCAUAUGAACUUAAACAGUACAACAAAUCCAUCAUUCCUCUCAUAAGCAUUCAAAGACAAGCAUCAGAGCACACUGUAAAUAGACCUUAUGGAUAUUUGACAUGGGGAAGAGAGUUGAGUUCCAGGUGUUUUCAAGAAUAUGGAGGAUCUCAUACUGGGGAGAAUCCAUGUGAAUGUAAGGAACUUGGAAAAGUCUUCUCUGGUUCAAAUUACUUUCAAAAACAUAUACAAACUCAUACUGCAGAGAUGGCUAACAGAUGGAAACAAUGUAGGAAAGCCUUCAUUAGUUCUGCUAACCUUCAAUUACAAGAACAAACUCAUACAGCAAAGAAGCUCUAUCAAUGUGAACAAUGUGGAAAAGCCUUCACUACUUCCUCUUACCUUCAAAUACAUAAUCGAACUCAUACUGGAGAGAAACCCUAUGAAUGUAAGGACUGUGGGAAAUCCUUUACUUCAUCCAGUAACCUUCACUCACAUAAAAGAACUCACACAGGAAAGAAGCCCUAUGAAUGUAAACAAUGUGGAAAAGCCUUCUGUAGUUCCUCUUCUCUUCAAAUACAUGAACGAUCACAUACUGGAGAGAAACCCUAUGAAUGUAAGCAAUGUGAAAAAGCCUUUACUACUUCCUUUUACCUUCAAGUACAUAAACGAAUUCAUACUGGAGAGAAGCCCUAUGAAUGUAAGGACUGUGGGAAAGCCUUUACUACAUCCAGUCACCUUCGCUCACAUGAAAGAACUCAUACAGGAAAGAAGCGCUAUGAAUGUAAACAAUGUGGGAAAGCCUUCUGUAGUUCCUCUUAUCUUCAAAUACAUGAACGCUCACAUACUGGAGAGAAGCCCUAUAAAUGUAAGCAGUGUGGAAAAGCCUUUACUGCUUCUUUUUACCUUCAAGUGCACAAACGAACUCAUACUGGAGAGAAACCGUACAAAUGCGAACAAUGUGGGAAAGCCUUCACUAGGUCCUUUUACCUUCAAAUACAUAAACGAAUUCAUACUGGAGAGAAGCCCUAUGAAUGUAAACAAUGUGGAAAAGCAUUCACUGCUUCCUAUUCCCUUCAAAUACAUAAACGAACUCAUACAGGAGAAAAGCCCUAUGAAUGUAAGCAGUGUGGAAAAGCUUUCACUCGGUCCAUUCGACUUCACUCACAUGAGCAAAUUCACACAGGAAAGAAACCCUAUGAAUGUAAACAAUGUGGAAAAGCCUUCACUAGGUCCUUUUACCUUCAAAUACAUAAACGAACUCAUACUGGAGAGAAACCCUAUGAAUGUAAGGACUGUGGGAAAUCCUUUACUUCAUCCAGUCACCUUCACUCACAUAAAAGAACUCAUACAGGAAAGAAGCCCUAUGAAUGUAAACAAUGUGGAAAAGCCUUCACUACUUCCUCUUACCUUCAAAUACAUAAUCGAACUCAUACUGGAGAGAAACCCUAUGAAUGUAAGGACUGUGGGAAAUCCUUUACUUCAUCCAGUAACCUUCACUCACAUAAAAGAACUCAUACAGGAAAGAAGCCCUAUGAAUGUAAACAAUGUGGAAAAGCCUUCUGUAGUUCCUCUUCUCUUCAAAUACAUGAACGAUCACAUAUUGGAGAGAAGCCCUAUAAAUGUAAGCAAUGUGAAAAAGCCUUUACUACUUCCUUUUACCUUCAAGUACAUAAACGAAUUCAUACUGGAGAGAAGCCCUAUGAAUGUAAGGACUGUGGGAAAGCCUUUACUUCAUCCAGUCACCUUCGCUCACAUGAAAGAACUCAUAAAGGAAAGAAGCGCUAUGAAUGUAAACAAUGUGGGAAAGACUUCUGUAGUUCCUCUUAUCUUCAAAUACAUGAACGCUCACAUACUGGAGAGAAGCCCUAUAAAUGUAAGCAGUGUGGAAAAGCCUUUACUGCUUCUGUUUACCUUCAAGUGCACAAACGAACUCAUACUGGAGAGAAACCGUACAAAUGCGAACAAUGUGGGAAAGGCUUUGCUUCAACCAGUGACCUUCACUCACAUGAAAGAACUCAUUCCACAGGAAAGAAGCCCUAUGAAUGUAAACAAUGUGGGAAAGCCUUCACUAGGUCCUUUUCCCUUCAAAUACAUAAACAAAUUCAUACUGGAGAGAAGCCCUAUGAAUGUGAAAAAUGUGGGAAAGCCUUCACUAGGUCCUCUUCCCUUCAAAUACAUAAACGAACUCAUACAGGAGAAAAGCCCUAUGAAUGUAAACAAUGUGGAAAAGCUUUCACUCAGUCCGUUCAGCUUCACUUACAUGAGCGAAUUCACACAGGAAAGAAACCCUAUGAAUGUAAACAAUGUGGAAAAGCCUUCACUACUUCCUCUUACCUUCAGGUACAUAAACGAAUUCAUACUGGUGAAAAGCCCUAUGAAUGUAAGCAGUGUAGGAAAUCCUUUGCUUCCUCUAGUCACCUUCACUCACAUGAAAAAACUCAUACAGGAAGGAAGCCCUAUGAAUGUAAACAAUGUGGGAAAGCCUUCACUACUUCCUCUUACCUUCAGGUACAUAAACGAAUUCAUACUGGUGAAAAGCCCUAUGAAUGUAAGCAGUGUAGGAAAUCCUUUGCUUCCUCUAGUCACCUUCACUCACAUGAAAAAACUCAUACAGGAAAGAAGCCCUAUGAAUGUAAACAAUGAGGGAAAGCCUUCAAUAGGUCCUCUAACCUUAAAAGACAUAAACAAACUCAUACAGGAGAGAAGCACUAUGAAUGU